AUGAAGUGGUUUCAUCAGCUUCCAGAAAACUCAGUAUCGUCCUGGAAGGAGUUGGCACAGAUCUUCGUGGCUAGGCUCAUAGCAAACAACAUAGAUCCGUCAACUUUGGAUACUUUGUCUGCCUUGCAUCUGAGGAAGGGAGAGUCUCUCAGAGCCUACUCAUCAAGGUAUUCAGAUACCUAUGCAGACAUUGAAGACUGCGAUGAGAAAAUUGUCGUUGUGACCUUUCAUCUGGGGUUGCCUUGGGAUCAUAAGCUGCAAGAAAGCUUGACCAUGGCGCCACCAAGAAGUAUGGCUGCUUUGCAAGAUAUAAUAAAGCAGUAUGUCAAAUUGGAGGAAGAUAAGCAAAGAGAUCGUCAGUUCCCCAACACUCAAGAAGGAUCCCAAUGGAAAGAUAACAAAAGACCAGAGAAAAGUGGACAAGAGAAGGAAUCGUCCAAGGCUCCUAAACCCAAUUCAUACGAAGCGAUGAAGACAAUAUUUAGAGAUCCCGUAUACCGAAUCCUUCUUUAG